AAGGAAGCUACUAUGGCCUUUAUGCAAGCUUUCCUGGAUCAGGCUAAGUUUCUGUGUGACCCUGACUAUGCUACUCAACAACCAAGUGGAGGUUUAAAGGGUGCUCCAGGUUUUAAUCCAUCUGCAGAUGCUGCUACUUUGGACAAAGCAAUCAAAACUAAAGGUGUGGAUGAAGCAACCAUCAUUGACAUCCUGACAAAAAGAAACAAUGCACAGCGUCAGGAGAUUAAAAACGCUUACCAGAAGAGUCAAGGCAAGCCCUUGGAAGAAUGCCUAAAAAAGGCUCUCUCUGGCAAAUUUGAAGAUGUUGUUAUAGGAUUGCUUAGAACACCAGCUGAAUUUGAUGCCCAUGAGCUGAAACAUGCUACAAAGGGCUUCGGAACAGAUGAGGAUACUCUGAUUGAAAUCCUGACAUCAAGAAACAAUAGACAGAUUCUGGACAUCGCCAGAGUCUACAAGGAAGUUUACAAGUGUGAGCUAACAAAGGACCUAAUAUCUGAUACAUCUGGUGAUUUUCAGAAAGCUCUGGUUGCCCUUGCAAAGGGUGAUCGGAGUGAAGAUACUCGUGUAAAUGAUGAAAUCGUUGACAAUGAUGCCAGGGCCCUGUACGAAGCUGGAGAAAAGAGAAAGGGGACAGAUGUGAAUGCGUUCACUACAAUUCUCACUACUCGCAGCUUUCAACAUCUUCAGAAAGUGUUUAUGAGAUACACCAAAUAUAGCCAACAUGAAAUGAACAAGGCACUUGAUCUGGAGCUUAAAGGAGACAUUGAGAAGUGUCUGACUGCUAUUGUGAAGUGUGCUUCAAACAGAGCUGCUUUCUUUGCUGAAAAACUCCAUGAGGCAAUGAAGGGUUCUGGGACACGUGAUAAAGACCUGAUUAGAAUUAUGGUUUCUCGUUCAGAAAUAGACAUGAAUGAAAUAAAGGCUCAGUACCAGAGACUUUAUGGAAAAUCUCUUCACCAGGCUAUUUUGGAUGACACCAAAGGAGAUUAUGAAACUAUCUUGAUUGCUUUGUGUGGAGGCAAAUGAAUGUGCCAGGAUAAUUCACCAUCAAAAAGAACACACACAAUAUAUAUAUAUAUAUUCAACAACAUAUGAAACAUGCACAGUUUUAAACAUGCUAUAUUUUUAUUACAGGUUUGUAAACAUCAAACAAUUAUUCAAUAAACCAAAGCAACCUUAUUUGUAUGUCUUUUUUUAAAUACAUUUUUCAUGUUAUAGCUGACGGUUAAAUGCUACAAACAGGCUUUUUUAGAACCUAACUUAGAAGUAUUUCUUAUUCAUACACAGUCAAACCUCACUAUGGGGAGAAUGUAGUGGAAUGGAAAAAUAUUCGCAAUGGAAAAAUGUAUGUCUCUGUGCAAACAAAUUUGCCUUUGCAUUAAUUUAAUAUGGACUUUGUGGAAGAAAUGCAAAUUGUUUGUGACAGUGUGCAGUGUAUGUAAUAAAACUUCUUAAUGAAAAA